AUCUCUUUCUUCCUCUUCUGGUACACAAUAGCAUCUCCUCAUGACCACCACAAUUGGUAUUGGCACAAAGUGUAGCCUUAUUCCUUAUGACCAUGGGAGUGAGGCCAACGCCACCCUACCAUGUUGAGGAACGUGGGAUGUCGCCACCACAAUGUUUACCCCCACCCCCUGAGCCAUGGUUUUCAUGGCUUGUGCCUCUUAUAUUCUUGGCCAACAUUGCAAUGUUUGUUCUCUCCAUGUACAUCAAUGAUUGUCCAGCAAAAAUGAGUCCAGAAAAAUGCCUUUUUUAUGAAUAUCUUGGACGGUUUUCAUUCCAACCCUUCAAGGAAAAUCCUCUCCUUGGCCCUUCAGCAGCUACGUUGAAGGGUCUUGGAGCAUUAGAAAGGGAUUUGGUGGUGAAGAAAAAUGAAACGUGGCGCCUUCUAUCUUGUAUGUGGUUUCAUGCUGGAGCUAUCCAUUUAGCGGCCAACAUGAUGAGCCUUUUAUUUAUUGGAAUUCGAUUGGAGCAAGAAUUUGGAUUUUUGAGAAUCGGAAUUUUAUAUUUGUUAUCUGGUUUUGGUGGAAGCUUGAUGUCUGCUCUUACUUUUACGGGACAAAAGUUAGCCAUUUCUGUUGGGGCAUCUGGUGCACUUUUUGGGCUAUUGGGAGCCAUGCUUUCUGAGCUCAUUACUAAUUGGUCACUCUACACAAAUAAGUGUGUAGCACUUGUGAGCCUUGUGUUGAUAAUUUGCUUAAAUUUAGCCAUCGGAUUCUUACCUCAUGUCGACAAUUCUGCUCAUAUGGGAGGGUUCCUAUUUGGAUUUCUUCUAGGAUUUAUACUUCUCUUUCGCCCUCAAUAUGGAUAUGUUAGUCGCAAGUACAUUCCAGCGGGAUAUGAAGUUAAACAUAAAAAACCCAAGUACAAAUGCUACCAACAUUUGUUCUGGGUAGUUUCCUUGGUCCUCUUACUUUUAGGAUACAUAGUUGGCUUGAUUAAAUUAUUUAAAGGGGAGAAAAUAGAACAAAAGCAUAUUGGCAUUUUCAUUCACGUAUGAGCAUUGUAUCCCACAUCAAAAGGAUGUGGAUUAAGUAAGAAAUACAUAUUUAUACG